AUGGACACGGGCAUCAUCGGUCCCGUCACCGUCAUGAAGCCUUUCGUCGCCCAAUUCGGCAACCAGUCAGCCACCGUCCACGGUCUGAUCGUCUCGUCCAUUCUCAUUCCCGCUGCGAUAUCCUCGUUUUUCGCGGGCUAUCUAGCAGAUAAACUAGGACGACCUACGGGGAUUAGCAUUGGUGCUUUAAUAUUUGGUAUCGGGGCUGCUCUGGAAGCUGCCGCCGUUCAUUUGGCCAUGUUUAUCGUAGGGAGGUGUGUCGAGGGGAUUGGGGAGGGGCUGUAUUUGGGGACAUUGGUUGUGUAUAUCUGUGAAAUUUCUCCGACCAGCGUCCGCGGUGCGCUGACAACCGGCCCACAGUUGCUCAUCACACUUGGCUUAGUGACGGGUUUCUUCACUUGUUACGGAACUUCACGUAUCGAAUCGUCAUUCUCAUGGCGGUCACCUUUUAUCAUCCUAGCCUGCUUGUCCGCUGUCUUCUCUGUUGCUACGUAUCUGUGGCUCACCCCCUCACCUCGAUGGUUGACCCUCCACGGCCGAAAGUCCGAAGCCGCUGAAACCUGGGACCUUCUUGGUGUUGGUCUGGCAGAACGAGAGAAGGUCGAAAUCGAGGAGAUUCGGGAAUCAGGAUCGAAUACGCAUCAAGCAGAGCUCGAGCGCCAGCAUGCUGAGGCUGCAAGGCCUCAAAAAUCAACCAAGCAUGGCUUCCUCGAUCUGUUCUCUCGGGACGUGCGGACACGCACUGCACUUGCAGUUUUCCUCAUGGGGAUGCAGCAGCUCAGCGGGAUUGAUGGAGUUCUCUACUACGCCCCCCUCCUCUUCGAACAAGCUGGUCUGGCUUCCUCAGAGGCUAGCUUCUUCGCCUCCGGUGUCUCUGCCAUAGUGAUCUUCGCCGUGACCAUUCCUGCCCUCAUCUGGGCCGACAAAUGGGGCCGCCGACACAGCAUCAUCUACGGCGGGCUCGGGCUUAGCAUCACAAUGUUCCUAAUCGGCGCACUAUACGCUACUCAAACUGUGCACGGCUCUACCGGCGCCGGCCGCUGGGUCGUCAUAGUCUCCAUCUAUAUCUUCGCCGUAAUCUACUCCCUUAGCUGGGGGGUUGGAAUCAAGAUCUACGCGGCUGAGAUCCAGCCACAGCGCACGCGCGCAUCUGCGACGAGUCUUGCGCACGGGAGUAACUGGGCGACUAAUUUUCUGGUUGCAUUGACGACGCCGAUUUUGUUAUCGACAAGUAGCUUUGGGGCGUAUUUUCUGUUCGCGGGGUCGGCCAUGCCCCCUCGCAGGAGGCCCCAGGCUUCCGCAGCCGCAAACGCAGAGGCUGCAAGGAACGCUGUGCCAGGACGAAAGCGACCCUCGCAAUCCAAGUCGGCUUCUACAUCAGCACAGUCUGCGCAGGCCCUCGAGCAACAGCAGCAGGAUGGCCCGACAGAAAAGCACGAGCCGUACAUCCCCUACCCGUAUCGCCAUCGGGACCCGUUCGAUGCGCUGCUCGAGCCUUUUUACUAUAACAAAUCUUUGACGGACCCGAUCAAUACGGCCAAGGAUAAAUGGAAUCUGCUCCCGGCGUUCCUGAAGGUGAAGGGGCUGGUCAAGCAGCACAUCGACUCGUACAACUACUUCGUCGAAGUGCAACUGAAGAAGAUCGUCGAGUCGAGUUCCACGAUCCGCAGCGACGUCGACCAUAACUUCUACAUCAAGUUCACGGAUAUCUAUCUCGGAUCUCCGCGACGCGCAGACGAGCCGCAGGAUGCCGGGUUCAACGUCGAGUCUACUGUAUCGCCCCAGGAAUGUCGACUUCGUGAUACUACUUAUGCUGCGCCGAUUCGCGUUGAUUUUGAAUAUGUCCGUGGUAGACAAAGGGUUAUUAAGCGGGGUGUCUCGAUUGGUCGAAUGCCUGUCAUGCUUCGGAGUUCGAAGUGUGUGUUGGCGAACAAAACGCCGUCGGAGAUGACUGUGCUUAAUGAAUGUCCGCUUGACCCGGGUGGUUAUUUCAUUGUCAACGGUACGGAGAAGGUUAUUCUCGUGCAGGAGCAGUUGAGUAAGAACCGUAUCAUUGUUGAGACGGAUGCGAAGAAGGAGAUUGUGCAGGCUUCUGUUACCAGUUCAUCGAACGAGCGAAAGUCUAAAAGUUAUGUCGUCUUCAAGAAAGAGAAGCUUGUCGUUAAGCACAACGUCCUGAAUGAAGAUAUUCCAAUCGUUAUUCUUCUCAAGGCAAUGGGUAUCCACACGGACAAAGAGAUGAUGCUUCUCGUCGCUGGUGUUGAUAAAGUGUACCAGGAAGAUUUCGCCAUCAACUUUGAAGAGGCGAUUAAACUGGGCAUCCACACGCAACAGCAAGCUCUCGAGUGGAUCGGCGCGCGAAUCAAGAUUAACAGGAAGCAAAUGUCAUACCGUCGAACCCAUGUUCAGGAGGCAGUUGAGGCCAUCGCAUCUGUUAUAAUUUCGCAUAUCGAAGUUAAGAACAUGAACUUCCGCCCCAAGGCCCUGUAUGUGGCGCACAUGGCACGUCGUGUGCUGAUGGCCAAGAACGAUGACACUCUGGUAGAUGACCGUGACUACCUGGGUAAUAAGCGACUGGAACUGGCUGGUCAGUUGCUGGCUUUGCUGUUUGAAGAUCUGUUCAAGAAGUUCUGCUUUGAUAUCAAAAUGAACAUCGACAAGGUCUUGAACAAGCGCAACCGAGCAGAGCAAUUUGAUGCCUGGAGUGUCAUGAGUAUGCACGGUAAUCACAUCACCCAAGGAAUGAACCGUGCAAUUUCCACGGGUAACUGGAGUUUGAAGCGUUUCCGUAUGGAGCGUGCUGGUGUCACCCACGUUCUAAGCAGAUUGAGUUACAUUGCGGCACUGGGUAUGAUGACCCGUAUCAGCAGUCAGUUCGAAAAGACAAGAAAGGUCAGCGGUCCCAGAGCGCUUCAACCGUCACAGUUCGGUAUGUUAUGUCCGGCAGAUACGCCCGAAGGUGAAGCGUGUGGUUUGGUCAAGAAUUUGGCUCUUAUGACUCACAUCACGACCAACGACGAAGAGGGUCCUGUGCGGAACUUGAUCUUCAUGCUUGGUGCGGAGGAUAUCCAAACUAUCGGUGGUAAGGAGUUGUAUGCUCCCGGUUGCUAUACGAUUUCAAUCAACGGUACGCCGACGGCACUCACACGGCGUCCGAAGUACUUCCUCGACGCCUUCCGACGACUGCGCCGAAUGGGCAGAAUCUCUGAGUUUGUCAGUAUUUUCAUCAACCACCACCAGCGGGCGGUGCAUAUAGCAACAGAUGAUGGCCGGAUUUGCAGGCCUCUCAUCGUCGUCGAGAAUGGCAAGUCCAAAGUCACGGCGCAUCACCUUGAGAAACUCCGUGAUGGAACGAUGCAAUUCGACGACUUCCUCGCGCAGGGCUUGGUGGAAUAUUUGGACGUGAACGAGGAAAACGACUCGCUCAUUGCCAUUUACGAAAAAGACAUCAGCGAGACCACGACACAUCUCGAAAUCGAACCGUUCACCGUCCUUGGAGCAGUCGCCGGUCUAAUUCCUUACCCGCAUCACAACCAGUCCCCGCGUAACACUUACCAAUGUGCAAUGGGUAAACAAGCUAUUGGCGCUAUAGCCUCGAACCAGUUCCUCCGCAUCGACUCAAUCCUCUACCUCAUGGUGUACCCCCAGAAACCAAUGGUCAAGUCGCGGACAAUCGAACUGACAAAAUACGACCACCUCCCCGCCGGUCAAAACGCCAUGGUAGCAGUCAUGAGUUACUCUGGUUAUGAUAUUGAAGAUGCCCUCGUCCUGAACAAGGGUUCCGUCGACCGUGGCUUCGGACGUUGCCAGGUCUUCCGCAAAUACGUAACAAAUCUGAAGAGUUACUCCAACGGUACAAAGGACCGUCUCGACCCCCCACAGUACGAGAACGAUGCGCCCAUCCGCAAACACGCUCUCCUCCAAAACGACGGUCUCGCCGCGGUCGGCGAAGCAGUCAAUGCAGGCGAAGUCUAUAUCAACAAAUCCACCCCAGAUCAAGCGCACUCCUCGGGCAUCACAGGCUCCGACCUAGGCCGCCCCGUCAGCUUCCAACCGACCCCAAUGACCUACAAACUGCCCGACCCCGCACACAUCGACAAGGUCAUGGUCUCGGCCACAGAAGGCGAAAACCAACUUAUCAAGGUGCUCACCCGGCAAACCCGUCGCCCAGAAGUCGGAGACAAAUUCUCUUCCCGCCACGGUCAAAAGGGUGUUGUAGGUAUCAUCGCCGACCAAUCCGACAUGCCCUUCACAGACUCGGGCAUCAACCCAGACAUCAUUAUGAACCCACACGGUUUCCCCUCCCGCAUGACAGUCGGGAAAAUGCUCGAACUCGUCGCCGGAAAGGCAGGUGUGCUAGCCGGCCACCACGGCUACGGCACAUGUUUUGGCGGAACACCAGUCGAAGAAACAUCCCGCAUCCUCGUUGAAAAGGGCUUCAGUUACGGUGGAAAGGAAUACCUGACCUCUGGUAUUACAGGCGAGGCCCUUCCGUUUUAUGUGUUUACAGGGCCAAUCUACUACCAAAAACUAAAGCACAUGGUCCAAGACAAAAUGCACUCUCGUGCCCGCGGUCCCCGCGCAAUGCUCACCCGGCAACCCACCGAAGGUCGUUCGCGAGAUGGUGGUCUGCGUCUAGGAGAAAUGGAACGUGAUUGUCUCAUUGCGUACGGAACAUCCCAACUGCUUCUCGAGCGGUUGAUGAUCUCGUCCGAUCGCCAUGAGAUCGACGUCUGUGAGACGUGUGGGUUCAUGGGGUACUUAAACUGGUGUCAGCGGUGUAAGUCGUCGCGGGGGGUGGUGAAAAUGGCAAUUCCAUAUGCGGCAAAGCUGUUGAUUCAGGAAUUGAUGAGUAUGAAUGUCACGGCGCGGUUGAAGUUGGAGGAUGAGUUUCCUGAGUCCAAGGGGCGGUAG